GGGUACGUCACACACUUUUUGAGUGUCGUGUGAAGGCCAGCAACAAUGAUGAUGCAACCAAACCAGCAAUGCAAUAGCCUUAUCCGUGGCAUGGCAAAGCUCUAGUUGCAGCAGCAGUGGUAAUCACAAUUUCUGUCAGACCACCUCGAAAAAUUAAAUAAUAGUAUACCAUGAAGUUCUCUGCUCUUUCCCUUGCUACCAUCCUGGCUUCUGCCUCUGCCUUUGCUCCGGCACCUGUGACCCGCUCUUCCACAGCCUUGAAUGUGUGGGGUGAUAAGGACUAUUUGAUUGCUCCCUCCAUCCUGUCUGCUGAUUUCGCCAAAUUGGGAGAAGAAGUUGACAAUAUGUUGGAAGCUGGAGCUGAUGUCGUUCACUUUGAUGUCAUGGACAACCACUACGUCCCAAACUUGACAAUUGGACCCAUGGUCUGCAAAGCCUUGAGAGAUCACGGAGUCACCGCACCCAUUGAUGUCCACCUUAUGGUUAGCCCCGUUGAUGCCGCCAUUGGCGACUUCAUUGAUGCCGGUGCUUCCUACAUUACCUUCCACCCGGAGGCCACAAACCACGUCGACCGCUCCUUGCAGCUGAUCAAGGGCGGUGGAUGCAAGGCCGGACUUGUCUUCAACCCUGCCACUUCUUUGGAUGUCGCCAAAUUUGUCUUGGACAAACUUGACAUUAUCCUUCUCAUGUCUGUCAACCCUGGAUUCGGUGGACAAGCAUUCAUCCCCGCCACUCUGGAUAAGGCCAAGGAAGCACGAAAAAUGAUUGACGAAGCUGGCCUUGACUGCCGUUUGGAAAUUGAUGGAGGUGUCAAGGUGGACAACAUCAAGGAAGUGUGCGAAGCUGGAGUUGAUAUGUUCGUUGCUGGAUCUGCCAUCCUCAAGGAACCCAGGACUGUUGAGGCAUACAAGGAGACCAUUGAUGCCAUGCGUAAGGAACUUGCCGCCGCAGAAAAAUAAAUAGAAUGCAGCGGUCAAUGAGGUGAAUGGAGUUGGAACUUUUUUGGUUUGGUUUGCAUUGCAUUACACGGUAUAGCACAGCACACGAAGUAUGGUAGCAUUUACUAAAAGUAUACAUUAUUUGAUUCGAUUGGUUGUUU